GCGGCGGCGGCGGCGGCGGCGGCGGCGGCGGCGGCGGCGGCUCGGGGUUCUCCUGGUGAGGCGGGACGCGCGGCUGCGGCCAGCGAGCAGUGAUUUUCCUGGACGUUGGGAGCUGGGAGUUGGGAGAGGAGGCGUAAGGAGCUACGAUCAAGCUGUUUUGUUCCGAUCAAGUAUGUUCCAAGACUCCCUCACUCAAGACUCUGUUCUUGAAGCUACAGCUCGGUCAUGAGCACUGACAGUAACUCCUUGGCACGUGAGUUUCUGACCGAUGUCAACCGGCUUUGCAAUGCAGUGGUCCAGAGAGUGGAGGCCAGGGAGGAGGAGGAGGAGGAGACGCACAUGGCAGCCCUUGGACAAUACCUUGUCCAUGGCCGAGGAUUUCUGUUACUGACCAGGCUAAAUUCUAUCAUUGACCAGGCAUUGACAUGUAGGGAAGAACUCCUUACCCUGCUUCUGUCGCUGCUCCCCCUGGUCUGGAAGAUCCCUGUUCAAGAGGAAAAGGCAGCUGAUUUUAACCUGCCGUUCUCAGCUGAUAUCAUCCUGACCAAAGAAAAGAGCUCUAGUUCUCAAAGAUCUACUCAGGAAAAAGUAUAUUUAGAAGGAAGUGCCCCAGCUGGUCAGGUUUCUGCAAAAGUAAACGUUUUUCAAAAAAGCAGAAGACAGCGUAAAACUACCCAGCGCUAUUCUGUAAGAGACGCGAGAAAGACCCAGCUCUCCACCUCCGACUCGGAAGCCAAUUCAGAUGACAAGAGUGUGGCAGUGGGUAAGCACAGGAGGUCCCACCUGCUGCAGCGUUUGGUAACCCAGUCUCCUAAAGAAGGCCUCCUCACUGCUGAGCUUGACCGCUCAUCAGCCAAAGAAGAGCAGGUUCCUCCUGCUGCCAUGGCUCUGGACGAUUCCAGGGAGACCAUUCCAAGACAGGAGUCAAACACUGACGUUUUAAGUGAGCCGGCUGCCUUGUCUAUUAUCAGGCACAUGAGCAAUUCUCCAUUUGACCUGUGUCAUGUUUUGUUAUCUUUAUUAGAGAAAGUUUGUAAGUUUGACAUUACCUUGAAUCAUAGUUCUGCCCUAGCAGCCAGUGUAGUGCCGACACUGACCGAGUUCCUAGCAGGUUUUGGGGACUGCCGUGAUCUCAGCGACGGUUUGGAGAGUCAGAUGGUUUCUGCGGGUUGGACCGAAGAACCCGUGGCUUUGAUUCAACGGAUGCUUUUUCGCACGGUGUUGCAUCUCAUGUCAGUAGAUAUUAGUACCGCAGAGAUAAUGCCAGAAAGUCUCAGAAAAAAUUUAACCGAAUUGCUUAGAGCAGCUUUAAAAAUUAGAACCUGCCUAGAAAAGCAGCCUGACCCUUUUGCACCGAGACAAAAGAAAACACUACAGGAGGUUCAGGAGGACUUUGUGUUUCCCAGGUACCGCCACAGAGCCCUUCUUCUGCCCGAGCUUCUGGAAGGAGUUCUCCAGAUUCUGAUCUGUAGUCUUCAAAGUGCAGCCUCAAACCCUUUCUUCUUCAGUCAGGCCAUGGAUCUGGUUCAAGAGUUCAUUCAGCAUCACGGAUUUAAUUUAUUUGAAACAGCAGUUCUUCAGAUGGAAUGGCUGGUUUUAAGAGAGGGAGUCCCUCCCGAGGCCUCAGAACAUCUGAAAGCCCUAAUAAAUAGCGUGAUGAAAAUUAUGAGCACUGUCAAAAAAGUGAAAUCAGAGCAGCUUCACCAGUCGAUGUGUACAAGGAGAAGGCACAGGCGUUGUGAAUAUUCCCACUUUAUGCAUCACCACAGAGAUCUCUCAGGUCUUCUGGUGUCGGCUUUUAAAAACCAGGUUUCCAAAAACCCAUUCGAAGAGACGGCAGACGGCGACGUUUAUUACCCGGAACGGUGCUGCUGCAUCGCCGUGUGCACGCACCGGUGCCUGCGCGUCCUGCAGCAGGCCUCCCUGAGCAGCACGUGCGUCCACAUCCUGUCAGGGGUUCAGAGCAUCGGCAUCUGCUGUUGCAUGGACCCCAAGUCCGUGAUCAUUCCUUUGCUCCACGCUUUUAAGUUGCCAGCGCUGAAAAACUUUCAGCAGCAUAUACUGAAUAUUCUUAACAAACUAAUUUUGGAUCAGUUAGGAGGAGCCGAGAUACCACAAAAAAUCAAGAAGGCAGCUUGCAAUAUUUGUACCGUGGACGUUGAUCAGCUCGCCAAGUUAGAAGAGACCCUGCAGGGAGACUCCAGCGCUGCCGAACCUUCGUCAGGUUUAUCCAGUCCUUCUUACAGGUGUCAGGGGAUCCUGCCCAGCAGUGGCGCUGAAGACUUGCUGUGGAAAUGGGAUGCCUUAGCGGCCUAUCAGAACUUUGUUUUUGAGGAAGACAGGUUACAGAGUGUACAGAUUGCAAAUCACAUCUGCAGUUUAAUCCAGAAAGGCAAUGUAGUUGUUCAGUGGAAACUGUAUAACUACAUCUUUAAUCCUGUGCUCCAAAGGGGAGUCAGACUAGCACAUCACUGUCAACAGCUCGGCAUUACUUCAGCGCAGACUCAUGUGUGCAGCCGUCAUCAUCAGUGUCUGCCCCAGGAAGUGCUUCAGAUUUAUUUAAAAACCCUACCUACCCUACUUAAAUCAAGGGUAAUAAGAGAUUUGUUUUUAAACUGUAAUGGAGUAAAUCAAAUAAUUGAAUUAAAUUACUUAGAUGGUAUUCGAAAUCACUCGCUAAAAGCAUUUGAAACUCUGAUAAUCAGCCUAGGGGAACAGCAGCAAGGCUCUUCGACUCCAGCUGUUGAUGGGAUGGACACUGAACAGGAGUCGUCAUCUUUCAGUGUAGCUGCUUUGCGUGACCAGCACGCUUAUUCAGAUUCUCAGAGUCUUAGCAAAUUUUAUGCCCGCCUCAAGGACACUUAUCCCAAGAAACAGAAGUCUGUCACCCAGGAUGUCCAUAUCAGCACGAUCAACCUGUUCCUCUGCGUGGCGUUCUUGUGUGUGAGCAAAGAAGCCGAGUGUGAGAGAGAGUCAGCCAAUGAGUCGGAAGACACUUCCGGCUACGACAGCACGGCCAGCGAGCCUCUGCAGUGCGUCCUGCCGUGCUUGUCUGUCCAGAGCCUCGUCCUGCCUUCGCCUGAACAGAUGCACCGCGCGGCAGACAUCUGGGCCAUGUGUCGAUGGAUCUACAUGCUGAGUCCCAUUUUCCAGAAACAGUUUUACAGGCUUGGUGGUUUCCGAGUAUGCCAUACAUUGAUAUUUAUGAUAAUCCAGAAACUAUUCACAAGUUCUGCAGAGGAGCAAGGGAAAAAGGAAGGAGCUAUAAAUGUGGGUGAAAACCAAGAUUCAAGCAGAACUUCUCAAUCUGAGGUCCCCGGGAAGGAAGAUUCAUUAUGUUUAACUGUAAAAGGUGACCCGGCACCGUCAGAACUGGGCGGCCUGAAAACAAGUGCUGGUGGUUUAGGUGAGUUGGAGUCACAGCACCUGUCCUCCGUAAACGUGGGGCAGAUUUCAGCUGCCCAGGCUGCUCCCGAGGAAGCAAAGGUAUUUACGCCUGGAGGAAGUGGGACCUCACUUCACAGCAUUCGACUUUUGGAGGCUCUUCUGGCCAUUUGUCUCCACGGCACCAGAGCUAGUCAGCAGAAGAUGGAGCUGGAGCCAGCUCAUCAGAACUUGUCAGUGGAAAAUAUAUUGCUUGAAAUGAAGGACCGUCUUUCCCAGUCCAAGGUGGUUGAAACAGAAUUAGCAAAGCCUUUAUUUGAUGCCCUGCUUCGAGUUGCUCUGGGGGAUCAUGCAGCAGAUUUUGAACCCAGCGAUGCCAUGACUGACAAGAGUCAUCAAUCUGAAGAAGAAUUGUCAUCCCAGCCUGGUGAUUUUUCAGAAGAAGCCGAGGAUUCUCAGUGUUGUAGUCUUAAAUUGUUGGUGGAAGAAGAAGGUUACGAAGCAGACAGUGAGAGCAACCCUGAGGACAGUGAAACCCGAGAUGAUGGGGUAGACUUAAAGCCUGAAGCAGAAAGUUUCAGUGCAUCAAGCAGUCCUAAUGACUUACUUGAAAACCUCACUCAAGGGGAAAUAAUUUAUCCCGAGAUUUGUAUGCUGGAAUUAAAUUUGCUCUCUGCUGGUAAAGCCAAACUUGAUGUGCUUGCCCACGUGUUUGAGAGUUUUUUGAAAAUCAUCAGGCAGAAAGAAAAGAACGUUUUCCUACUCAUGCAGCAGGGAACUGUGAAAACUCUUUUAGGAGGGUUCUUGAAUAUUUUAACACAGGCUGAUCCUGAUUUUCAAGCAUGCCAGAGAGUACUGGUGGAUCUUUUGAUAUCUUUGAUGAGUUCAAGAACUUGUUCAGAAGAGCUAAUCCUUCUUUUGAGAGUAUUUCUGGAGAAAUCUCCUUGUACAGAAAUUCUCCUUCUGGGCAUUCUGAAAAUUGUUGAAAGUGACGUUACUAUGAGUCCUUUGCAGUACCUGACCUUCCCUUUACUGCAUACUCCGAAUUUAAGCAACGGUGUUUCAUCACAGAAGUGUGCUGGGGUUCUCAGCAGUAAGGCCAUGGGGCUGUUGAGAAGGGCACGCAUUUCACGGCGCAGGAGAGAGGCCGGCAGGGAGGGCUUUCCCCAGCAGCUGCUUUCCUCCUGGCACGUUGCCCCCAUCCACCUGCCGCUGCUGGGGCAGAACUGCUGGCCGCACCUGGCGGAAGGCUUCAGCGUCUCACUGUGGUUUAACGUGGAGUGUCUCCACGAAGCAGUGAGCACUGCAGAGAAAGGGAAGAAGACAAAGAAAAGAAACAGAUCCUUAAUGCUACGCAGCAGCAGUGUGGAGGGAACAGAGGACAACAGACCGGAAGGUGCAGAGUACACGAAUCCUGGAGAAAGACUCCUAGAAGAUGGCUGUGUUCAUCUGAUUUCACUGGGAUCCAAAGCGCUGAUGAUCCAAGUGUGGGCUGAUCCCCCCAGUGGCUCUUUUAUCUUUCGUGUGUGCAUGGAUUCAAAUGAUGAUGUGAAAGCUGUUUUACUAGCGCAGGUUGAAUCACAGGAGAAUAUUUUCCUCCCAAGCAAGUGGCAGCAUUUAGUACUCACCUACUUACAGCAGCCCCAGGGAAAAAAGAACAUCCAUGGGAAAAUCUCCACGUGGGUCUCGGGACAAAGGAAGCCUGAUGUUACUUUGGAUUUUAUGCUUCCAAGAAAAACGAGUUUGUCAUCUGACAGCAAUAAAACGUUUUGCAUGAUCGGCCAUUGUUCUCCAUCCCAAGAAGAGUGUUUACAAUUGGCUGGAAAAUGGGACCUAGGAAAUUUACUCCUCUUCAGUGGAGCUAAGCUUGGUUCACAAGAGGCAUUUUAUUUAUAUGCUUGUGGACCCAACCAUACAUCUAUAAUGCCUUGUAAAUAUGGCAAACCUGUGAAUGACUAUUCCAAGUACAUUAAUAAGGAAAUUUUGCGAUGUGAAGAAAUCAGAGAACUUUUUAUGACCAACAAAGAUGUGGACGUUGGUCUUUUAAUUGAAAGCCUUUCAGUUGUGUAUACAACUUACUGUCCUGCUCAGUACACCAUCUAUGAGCCAGUCAUUAGACUUAAAGGUCAAAUGAAAACCCAGCUCUCUCAAAGACCCUUCAGCUCGAAAGAAGUUCACAGCAUCUUAUUAGAACCCCACCAUCUGAAGACGCUCCGGCCCACUGAGUGUAAGACCGUUCAGGGCAUUCUGCAUGAGAUCGGUGGAACUGGCAUAUUUGUUUUUCUCUUUGCGAGGGUUGUGGAACUCAGUAGCUGUGAAGAAACUCAAGCAUUAGCACUGAGAGUUAUCCUCUCAUUGAUCAAGUGCAACCAACAGAGAAUACGUGAAUUAGAGAAUUGCGAUGGGCUUUCCAUGAUUCACCAGGUGCUGGUCAAACAGAAGUGCGUUGUUGGCUUUCACAUGUUAAAGACCCUUCUUGAAGGUUGCUGUGGUGAAGACAUCAUUCACAUCAACGAGAAUGGAGAAUUUAAGUUGGAUGCAGAGUCUAAUGCUAUCAUCCAAGACACUAAAGUGCUGGAGGAGCUCCUGCUUGACUGGAAGAUAUGGAAUAAGGCAGAGCAAGGUGUCUGGGAAGGCCUGCUGGCAGCCCUGGAAGCCCUCAUCCGAGCAGACCACCAGCAGCAGGUGUUUAACAUUAAGCAGUUGCUGAAAGCGCGAGUGGUUCAUCACUUCCUGCUGACCUGUCAGGUUUUGCAGGAACACAAAGAGGGGCAGCUCACAUCCUUGCCCCGCGAGGUUUGUAGAUCAUUUGUGAAAAUUAUAGCAGAAGUCCUUGGAUCUCCUCCAGAUUUGGAAUUAUUGACAAUUAUCUUCAAUUUCCUUUUAGCAGUCCACCCUCCUACUAAUACUUACGUUUGUCACAACCCCACAAACUUCUACUUUUCUUUGCACAUAGAUGGCAAGAUCUUUCAGGAGAAAGUACAGUCAAUCGUGUACCAGAGGCGCUCUGGCAGUGGAGGGAGGUCUGUUACCAGCCCUGGACUGAUGGUCAUAAGCCCAUCUGCUUUUACUGCUUCACCACCCGAAGGAAGCGGCUCCGGCAGGGCUCUCCCGCAGCAGGCGGCUGCCCCCAUGCCGCGUUCCCGAAGCCUGCCGGCCUUCCCUACCUCCUCACCUCGGACAUGGCCACGGAAGCUGCCCGGAAGUGUGGGGGGCAGCAUCGAGGGGUUGCAGAGGGUCGUGGACAGUUACGUGGCUUCCUGGCCAGAGAAGCAGAGUCCGCUGGGGAGCUCCGAGACGCUGAGGAGAGGCGGGGAAGAUGCCUUCCUCAGCAGCUGCGAGUCUGCGAAAACGGUCUGCGAGGCGGAGGCCGCCCUGCCAGCCCAGGCCCCUGUCCCUGGCGUCCCGGGAACGGCGGCGCUUCCUGCAGCCAGGGUCGGUCAGAAAGAGCCGGGCGCGGAGCCCGGAUCCGAGGACGCCGGUCCCGGGGACGAGCCCUGCCCGCGCCGGCCCGAUCACCUGAGGGGGCUGGCCUCGUUCCAGCGCAGCCACAGCACCGUCGCAAGCCUCGGGCUGGCCUUCCCGUCACAGCACGGAGCUGCCGCCCUGGGCCGCUGGCCCAGCCUGGCCGACAGGAGCGCCGAGGACUGGGACAACUUUGCCUUUCCUCUCCGCUGCGAGCCCCUGGGCCGCCGGGCCGCAGGCGCUCACAGUGCGACUGAAGACUGCCUGGUCCCCAUAUGCUGUGGGCUGUACGAACUCUUGAGCGGGGUCCUUCUUAUCCUGCCUGACGCCAUGCUGGAAGACGUGAUGGACAAGCUCAUUCAAGCAGACACGCUCUUAGUCCUCGUUAACCACCCGUCACCUGCCAUACAGCGAGGAGUUAUUAAACUACUGCAUGCAUAUUUUAAUAGAGCAUCUAAGGAACAAAAAGAUAAAUUUCUGAAGAAUCGUGGCUUUUCCUUGCUAGCAAACCAGUUGUAUCUUCAUCGGGGAACUCAGGAAUUGUUAGAAUGCUUCAUCGAAAUGUUCUCUGGCCGACGCAUUGGCCUUGAUGAGGAGUUUGAUCUGGAAGAUGUGAAAAACAUAGAUCUUUUUCAGAAGUGGUCCGUCAUCCCUGUGCUGGGGCUGAUAGAGACCUCCUUGUAUGACAACGUGCUCUUGCAUAACGCUCUCCUGCUGCUUCUGCAAAUCCUGAAUUCUUGCUCCAAGGUGGCGGACAUGCUGCUGGAUAAUGGGCUCCUCUACGUGUUGUGUAACACGGUGGCGGCCCUGAACGGAUUAGAGAAGAACGUUCCUUCGAAUGAACACAGACUGCUGGCUUGUGACAUACAGCAGCUCCUCAUAGCGGUUACAAUCCACGCUUGCAGUUCCUCGGGCUCACAGUAUUUUAGAGUUAUUGAAGACCUCAUUGUACUGCUUGGAUAUCUUCAAAAUAGCAAAAACAAGAGGACACAAAAUAUGGCUGUCGCACUGCAGUUUAGAGUUCUCCAGGCGGCUAUGGAGUUUAUAAAGACCACCGCAAACCAUGACCCUGACAGCCUUACAGACUCGUGCCAGUCGCCUUCUCCCCACCAUGCAGUGUUGCAGAAGCGAAGGAGCAUUGCUGGUCCUCGAAAAUUUCCCCUUGCGCAGACUGACUCUCUUCUGAUGAAAAUGCGCUCGGUAGCAAGUGAUGAACUUCAUAUGAUGAUGCAACGGAGGAUGAGCCAGGAGAACCCGGUCCAGGCAACCGAGACGGAGCUUGCCCAGAGGCUGCAGAGGCUCGCCAUUUUAGCAGUUAACAGGAUAAUUUACCAAGAGUUUAAUGCAGACAUUACUGACAUUUUGAGUACUCCAGAAAAUGCUGCUCAAAGCCAGACCUCAGUUUCCGAGACUGAAAUUUCUGAAGAAAAUAUUCAUCAUGAACAGCAGCCUUCUGCUGUCAACCCGUUUCAGAAAGAGAUGUUCACCUAUCUGGUAGAAGCAUUCAAAACAUCUACCGGUUCAAGUAAAACCAGUGGUCCCAGACAGCAGUGGGCUAAACUCCUGGGCUCCUGCAAGGAGACCUUCCGAGUGCAGCUCGGGAGGCUGCUGGUGCAUAUCUUGUCGCCAGCUCACCCCUCACAAGAGAGAACACAAAUUUUUGAAAUAGUUCGUGAACCAAAUCAUCAGGAAAUACUACGAGACUGUCUUAGUCCAUCCCUGCAACAUGGAGCCAAGUUAGUUUUGUAUUUGUCAGAGUUGAUACAUAAUCACCGGGAGGAACUGAACGACGAAGAGCAGGACACAGCGGAGCUGCUCAUGAGCGCGUUAAAAUCGUGUGGGCACAAGUGCACCCCUCCCAGCGCAACGACCAAGUCAGACCUUCUUAAAGUGAUCAAAGAGGAACAGAAGAAAUACGAAACUGAAGAAGGUGUGAAUAAAGCCAACUGGCAGAAGACAGUUAAUAAUAAUCAGCAAAGUCUCUUUCAGCGUCUCGAUUCAAAAUCCAAGGAUAUAUCCAAAAUAGCUGCAGACAUUACGCAGGCAGUGUCUCUCUCACAAGGAAUUGAGAGGAAGAAGGUGAUCCAGCACAUCAGAGGCAUGUACAAAGUGGACCUGAGCGCCAGCCGACACUGGCAGGAGCUUGUCCAGCAGCUGACGCAUGACCGAGCCAUCUGGUAUGACCCCGUCUACUAUCCAACUUCAUGGCAGUUGGAUCCAACAGAGGGGCCGAAUCGGGAGAGGAGGCGUUUACAGAGAUGCUACUUAACCAUUCCAAAUAAGUACCUCCUCAAGGAUAGGCAGAAAUCCGAAGAUGUGGUCAAACCACCACUCUCUUACCUAUUUGAAGACAAAACUCACUCUUCUUUCUCUUCUACUGUAAAAGACAAAGCUGCAAGUGAGUCUAUCAGAGUGAAUCGAAGAUGUAUCAGCGUUGCCCCAUCUAGAGAGACAGCCGGUGAAUUGUUACUGGGUAAAUGUGGAAUGUAUUUUGUGGAAGAUAACGCUUCUGAUACAGUUCAAAGUUCGAGCCUUCAGGGAGAAUUAGAACCAGCAUCAUUUUCCUGGACAUACGAAGAAAUUAAAGAAGUUCACAAGCGUUGGUGGCAGUUGAGAGAUAAUGCUGUGGAAAUAUUUUUAACAAACGGCAGGACACUCCUGUUAGCAUUUGAUAACACCAAGGUCCGUGAUGAUGUGUACCACAGCAUUCUAACAAACCACCUCCCUAACCUUCUGGAAUAUGGCAAUAUCACGGCUCUGACAAAUUUGUGGUAUGCUGGACAAAUUACUAACUUCGAAUACUUGACUCACUUGAACAAGCAUGCCGGCCGGUCCUUCAACGACCUCAUGCAGUACCCAGUGUUCCCGUUCAUCCUGGCCGACUACGUCAGUGAGACCCUUGACCUCGGCGACCCCGCCGUCUACAGAAACCUCUCCAAGCCCAUCGCGGUGCAGUACAAAGAAAAGGAAGACCGGUACGUGGACACUUACAGGUACCUGGAGGAGGAGUACCGCAAAGGGGCCCGCGAGGACGACCCGAUGCCCCCGGUACAGCCCUACCACUACGGCUCCCACUACUCCAACAGCGGCACGGUGCUGCACUUCCUGGUCAGGAUGCCUCCCUUCACCAAGAUGUUCCUGGCCUACCAAGAUCAGAGUUUUGACAUUCCAGACAGAACUUUUCAUUCUACAAAUACAACGUGGCGUCUGUCAUCUUUUGAGUCCAUGACUGAUGUGAAGGAACUUAUCCCAGAGUUUUUCUAUCUUCCAGAAUUCUUAGUUAACCGUGAAGGGUUUGAUUUCGGUGUGCGUCAGAACGGCGAACGGGUUAAUCACGUCAACCUCCCGCCCUGGGCACGUAAUGACCCUCGCCUCUUCAUCCUCAUCCACCGCCAGGCUCUGGAGUCCGACUACGUGUCCCAGAACAUCUGCCAGUGGAUCGACCUGGUGUUCGGGUAUAAGCAGAAAGGGAAGGCCUCUGUCCAAGCCAUCAAUGUUUUCCAUCCUGCUACGUACUUUGGGAUGGACGUCUCUGCGGUGGAAGAUCCAGUUCAGAGACGUGCGCUGGAAACCAUGAUCAAAACCUACGGCCAGACCCCUCGUCAGCUGUUCCAGUCGGCACACGCCAGCAGGCCUGGGUCCAGGCUCAGCAUCGAAGGAGAGCUCCCUGCUGCCGUGGGGCUGUUAGUGCAGUUCGCGUUCAGGGAAACCAAAGAACAGGUCAAGGAGGUCACCUAUCCGAGUCCUCUGUCAUGGAUAAAAGGCUUGAAAUGGGGGGAGUACGUUGGCUCCCCAAGUGCUCCGGUGCCCGUGGUCUGCUUCAGCCAGCCCCACGGGGAGAGAUUUGGGUUUCUCCAGGCCCUGCCCACUAGAGCAAUCUGUGGUUUGUCACGCAACUUCUGUCUUCUGAUGACGUACAGUAAAGAACAAGGUGUGAGAAGCAUGAACAGCACUGACAUUCAGUGGUCGGCCAUCCUGAGCUGGGGCUACGCCGACAACAUUCUGCGGCUGAAGAGCAAGCAGAGCGAGCCUCCAGUAAGCUUCAUCCAGGGCUCGCGGCAGUAUCAGGUGACUAGUUGUGCGUGGGUGCCUGACAGUUGCCAGCUGUUUACCGGGAGCAAGUGUGGCGUCAUCACAGCCUACACCAACAGGUUUACCAGUGGCACGCCCUCGGAGAUAGAAAUGGAGUCUCAGGUACAUCUCUAUGGGCACACAGAAGAGAUAACCAGCUUAUGUGUGUGCAAGCCGUAUAGUAUAAUGAUAAGUGUAAGCAGAGAUGGAACCUGCAUCAUAUGGGACCUGAACAGGUUGUGCUACGUACAAAGUCUGGCAGGACACAAAAGCCCCGUCACUGCCGUCUCUGCCAGUGAAACCACAGGUGACAUAGCCACCGUGUGUGACUCAGCUGGUGGAGGCAGUGACCUCCGACUCUGGACGGUGAACGGGGACCUCGUUGGACAUGUCCACUGCAGAGAGCUCAUUUGUUCUGUCGCCUUCUCCAACCAGCCUGAGGGAGUAUCCAUCAACGUGAUUGCCGGGGGAUUAGAAAAUGGAAUCGUGAGGUUGUGGAGCACGUGGGACCUAAAGCCUGUGCGGGAAAUUACAUUUCCUAAGUCAAACAAGCCCAUCGUGAGCCUUACGUUUUCCUGUGACGGCCACCAUUUGUACACGGCCAGCAGCGAUGGGACAGUGAUCGCCUGGUGUCGGAAGGACCAGCAGCGCCUGAAACAGCCCAUGUUCUAUUCCUUCCUUAGCAGCUAUGCGGCUGGGUGAGUGCGGAGGACCUCCCCUUCUGCAGAGCACUUCAACUCCAAGCCAGUUUGCCGACUUCACCGGGCCCAGAAGGUCGAACCUGAAGACAUGUUUGACCAGACAGACCACCCAGAUAACGAUCGAGUCUGUUCAUCUGCACAGAGUUCUGCAGCCUCGCAAGGUCCUCAGGGGAAAGUUUUGUUCUAGUUUAGUGAUAAUGUGGAGGGUCGUGUGCACUGACCAACAACGUUUAAGGUUGGCACAGUCCAUUAAAAUCAUAUUCUUAGAGUGUUUUUCCACAAGGGAUUCUAAAGGAAAGAUUAGUGUCUCUCUUUUUCUGUUUUCUAUUAGUUCCUGUUUUCUAUUUUUCCAAAAAGACCAGUAGAAUUUAAGUUGGUUAGCUAAUUGUUUAUAUAAAAUACUCUAAAAAAAGUUACAUCUAAAAAAUUUUCUGCCAGGAUAACACACACCUCCCCCCUCAAAAAAAGGAAAGAUAAAAAUGAAAAAUUCAGGACUUCAUCAUCACUUUCUUUGAGAAGUAUGCAAUUCAUUAGGUGCCUCUGCACCAAACAUUUUUUGGAAUAUCCAAAUAUCAGACUCUCAGUGUUAAGGCAGUUUUUGCCUGUUGCCUUCUUAGCUCAGAGUAGAACCAGAAUUUUUGACAUUCUGUUUCUUCAUAAAAAUCCUGCUUAAAAUCCAUAACACUAGAUAUUGACUAUCCUUACUUGAGUCACUAAGAUUUAAACACAGUUUACAGAGCGUCAAGCACUGAACAGUUUGCAGCAGGAGCCCUGCACAGCAGAGGACGCUAGCGCAGGCAUGAGUGAUGCAGGCCUGAUACGGCCUGUAAUCUAACGUGCAGGAGGAGUUACCGAAGAAAAGGAGAGCUUACUCUGUGCUAAACAGGAGGCAGAAUAAUUCUUUUAGGAAGCAGUUUCCACUCUGUUUCUGCUAACCUUUACCCCCCGAAAACCCUAGGAACGAUAGAAAAGUCUGCGUGUACGCCGCAGCAAGCUUACAUGCGGUAAAGACAGAAUUCCUGAAAAUCCUGGGUCAGCCCGUCCCUGCCGUGACACUGUGGCUGCAUCUUCCUUGGGUGCUGCUGUAUCGGCUUUGAAAACACUGUCAGAGCAGCUCAGUAACGCUACCAUGAGAUAAAAGUGUGUGUUCCUGCCUAAGAAUAGCUUGCGUGUUUGUUCUGGGAAACUGAGUUCAUAUGGUGUUUACAGAACUACUUUUGUAACUUCCAGACUUUCUAAAACAUUCUGCUUAAAAGCUGUAUAAAGUCCAAUUCCAGAGCCUCUGCCGCGGAGACACACACGCGAGCAGGCGGGUGGCCGCGUGUGCGCGGGACCUCACGUUGCGAGCGGGGCGCCCGGCCGCCCGUGUCAGGCUCUGCGCAGACCCGGCGGCGGUCCGGUCCGGGCAGCUGCGGAGGCGAGGGUCUUCCUGCUCACGUUGCAGUGACUGUCUCUGUUUAAAAAAAAAAAAAAGAAUUGCAGGUAUUGCCUCCUUUCCCUUUUCUACUGAGAACUGUAAACUGGCCCCUUGUUAGAAUAGGGUUGCUACUCGGUCUGUUUUUUUAAGGCUGAAUUUCAUUUAUCUAAAGAGAAAAUAUGCACCAUAACUGGUCUUGUCAAGAGUGCAAGAUUAUAUUUUUAUGUAAAAAGUUAAAUUGGGGGGUUAUUUAUUCAGCAUGAGACUUAACGUGUGUGUCUGAAACGUGUCACGACGUGCAUGCGGCAGGGAGACGCCCGCCAGUGUCACUGGCUCUGCUAUCUUCGUGUGCACUGCCACUUCAAAUCGGGAAUAAAUUUCAUGAAACAGACUUAAGGACUAUUCUUAACACAAGUUAAAUAUUAUGACCUGACCAGACCUCAAGUUGGUGGCUUUUUUAAUAACUCGUACAAGUUCUAUCUUUAGCUCCCCUGUAAAUCUAUGUUGCUAAAAAGGGUAAUUUUCAUUUCUUAAUGGUGGGCUUCGUGAGACAUUAUAUAUUUCAACUUUCACUACUGUCAAAUGGCGUUUAGAUAUUAGUCCCAAGGUCAGACCACUCGCUGCUGAAAAAGGAGCAUCUCUCCCUCCCCCACCCCUCCAGUGGCAUCGCGUUCUGGCCCCGCCCGAGUACUGGGCACUGGGCAGCAGCGAAGGGCUGGCGGCGCCGCGGUUCUCGCGCUCCCAGGGGUCGCAGGCUGCAGAGGAGCUCGGUGUCAGCGACUUAGUGAGUGAAGUUACAAAACGUGGCUAAGUGCUGGGAACGAAGCGUGCAGGGUCCUCUGAGGGGAUGUAACAGGAAGCAGGGGGUUCUGGGAAAGCCCCCAAGAAAGUCAAUUUCUGUCGCGGAGAUUCGACAGGUAAAGGUGGCGCAGGUGUGUUCCAGGCAGGACACGGCCAAGGCCUGCGGCGGGGCGUCAGGGAACCGAGACCUCAGCUCCUCUGGGGGUCUUGCCAACGGUGAGUGAGUCCACCCAGCAGCACUCCAGGAACCCGGGCCUAGUCUUGUUUCUGCUUUGGACCUGCAGCAUUAAGGAUGCUCGAGAUGGAGCACACCUGCUUCUGGGUGUCUGUCCCCGAAAGAGCUCGGAAGCAGCAUCUACCAGCGUGAGCUGCCGGCCCAGCUGUCCCAGGCUGACCCCUCCGGUGGACGGCCGGUUCCACCCACGCCCGCGCCGGGGCGCGGCGGGGAGGGGGUUCCUCCAGCUCUUAGAGCCGCUCCUGGGCUUCUGCUUCUCGCCCUUGUGGAUGACCUGUUCAUGUUCUGAAUCAGACAGAAGAGCUCCAAGGUGCUCCGGUUCCAGACGGUGGCACGGGAGGGCCCUGCGCACACCCCUCCGCCCCCCGUACGGACACACGGCGUCUGCAGCUACAGCAGAACAGUUCCCUCGGAGAGGAACCCCCAGACCAGCUCAGCGACUCCCAGAAUCUGGGCAUAGGAGACACACUCACCAUCAGCCCCACUCCCAGCACGGCGGCCCACAACUGGGGACGGGCACACAGCCCCCAGCUUCUCCCUGCCGAGCAGGUGGUUUGAACCCCACAUCGGGCACCCCGACUUUUACAACCUCCGUCUGAGAGAUGAACCCCCCAAACAUCCAGCUUUAAAAGCCAGCGCGUGCGCGAGACCCACAAGCUGUAGCAGAUUGGGAAACGGAUCUUAAAGGUUCUGGACUCCGAGCUAAGGUCCCAGGCCCAGCAUGUGCCCAGUCCUCCUGGGAAGAGGCCUGUUGCUUAUCUCAGGAGCUGCAGGCUGAGGGGCCCCUGCGCUGCUCUCCGAGAUGGAAGGCGGCCGCACCGUCUCUGCCCACCCUGCCUUUCCCCGGAAACCGGGUUGUGCACGUUCGGGUUUUUGUGGCUCCCCCCAGGGGUACCCCCCAUCACCUGGUUCUGGGGGCCCUCAGGCUUGCAUGCCCGGGUCCCUCGGGCAGCGGACAAACCCCCAGACUUUCCAUGAAAGAGGCCAACUGCGGUCCUCUCUGGAGUCUGGAGGGCCCAUGGGUGUCACGUCUCUCCCUUGCCUGGUGUCUCAGAGAAGGGACCUGUGAGCCUCUCCAGCACCCCCGCCCUUGGGUCUGCCGCCCAGAGGACAUGUUCCUUGAAGCCUGGCUCUGGUGGCUGCCUUGUGUUCACAGACUCAUUGGGACAGUAGCAAAGAAACACUUUCUAACUGACUAACACCCCGGGGCUCAGAGCAGAGGGACCAGACAGAAACUCCCGUCUCCCAGGCUCCCCUGAAAGGGGUACGUUCGUGAACUUUAAAAGCUGCUGCCUGGGGGUCCAGCUUCCAGUCAGCCUGCAUCUCGGUGCUGAUGGAGACCCUCCCUUCGGAACACCCCCACUACCCGGGCCUCGGAGAAGAAAGCAGGCUGCUUGCACAGAAGGAGGUUUGAGAGCCAAGUCCCCCUAAAACCAGGUUCCUCUGCCGGGUUUGCGAUUAACCUCUCUACCCAAAACCUUGUUCCUCGUUUUAUCCUGCCUCUGUUUCCCACAGGAUCGAGGGGUAUCCCCAAAAGGGAGGACUGAAACCACGCAGGACUCUCCCAGGUACAUAAGCCCUUCCCUGUCCCUGUUUCUUGUUUGUAGAAUAAAGGCUUUAGUCUCCUAGGCCUCCCUGAGUCCCACAGAGCGGGCUCAAGGCUAGAAUAGAUCCAGGACUGCCAGUUCCUCCUGAAGGGAUACACAGAGCAAUUGGAGGCACAGCUUUGAGCUGUUCUCCAGAAAGUGGGCCCCCACCCAGCAGAGGACGGGAGCUGCACUCUGGCCACCAGCAUGUAGAGCCCAGAUUGGCGGGAACCAGAAGGUUGAGAUUCUUGAAACAUCAUCCUGUUACCUCACCACCAACCAAUCAGAAAGUCCGCGAGCUGAUCACACAUCUUACGAUCCUCUGUCCUAAAACCGUCUUUGAAAAGCUUUGUCUUGAGCGCCACCGUAGAGCCGGGUCUUUGGAGCACAAGGUGCCUGUCCUGGCUCGGCCCGGCCACAAACCUUUCUCUGCUCCAGACUCCAGUGUUGCUGUUGGUUUGGUCUUGCUGUGCACCAGGCACGCAAACUUGGGUUCGGCAGCAGUUUCUGGGGCACCAGCCGGCAGCCUGUGCCCGCGGCAGGUUGGCCCUGGCUGGGGGCUGCCCCUUCCCUGGGUCCCAGCAGCUGCUGGGGUCGUUUUGCUCCGAGGAACCCUGAGGCGGAAUAUCCUGAUGUCUGGUCAGCCUCCGGUUCCAGCUCGGGUGAGUCAGUCCGGCCACACAGGCUGGGACUCCCCCCUCUAUCCGGGCUCAUGCCCUUGCGGGAAGGGGGCCUGUCUGGACCAUUCCCUUCGGGAGCCGAGCUAGUCUGAUUCAGAGGCCUCGGCUCGGAGGGGGAGUGGAAGUGCCGGGCUCUGCCCGUCCGGCCUUCGGUCUGUGCGGCCGUGUCUGUUGGUGGUGCAUUCGUGUGUCACCAUCAGUUCUUGCGUUUUUGACAAAGUGGAAGUCUUCCCGGGUCCUGGAGGCUGAGCAGGACAGCCGAUCCUUACAGGCCUCAGUGAGACCAUCUGUGUCUCUUCCUGGUUGUGACCCUCGUUAGGGGGCCCUGGUGGGACUUUCCUAGGAGGAUCCUGGCAACUUGAAUUAUUUGUAGUGGGGGGGGGGGGGGUCGGGGCGCCAGCUCAGUACCUGCAGAACCUGCGUGUGCACUGCUAAACUACCCGCUGGGAGAACUCACGCAGCAACUGUCUAGAGAAGGGAACUUCCAGUGAGCUAAGAGGAGCCGAAUCUGUCUCCAGCAGCCCUAUUACAGGCCUCUGGGCAGCUGGGGACAGAGCCUCACCCGAGAGCUGAGGCUGUGAGCAAGCAGACAUCGGUCCUCCCAGGGGCCCAUUAGGGUGCAUCCUGGGUCUGGAAACUCUGUGACUGCCCCACCAAUGCAAGAACAACUUACUUCCUUCUGUAAAACUGUCUGGCCACGACACCAGCUAGGUGACCAGGAGAAACAGCCAGAAAGCGGCUCCCUAAAUUACACCACCAGGCUCCAGCUAGACUCACUCUGCGGGAGAGGAGAGACGUGAGAGUCCCCGCGCCCAGUGUUUUAUGGUCCUGGACCAGGGCCAGGGGCUCCAGGAGGAAUGCAGGCUUAAGUGUACUUGGUGGUCUAACUGGGAGAGGAAGACCAUACUCCCCGUUUUGAAAGGACCCCCUGAAGACCCCUUCAAUUUCCCUUUGCCGCCCGUGCUCCCAGUAAUUACGGCCAACUUCCAAAGAUGGCAGGAGGGCCUGACACCCCCGCCUCCCAGCUGGUUGAAGGGGUCUUUCGGGUUUUCAAGAACCAAGAUGUGGCAGAAGAAGAAAAGAAGGCCAGAAGAUGAGGAAGCAGGCUGCCCUGUUUGCAGUGGGGCUGGGGGCCACCCCAGGCAGCCCCGGAGGAGAGAAUAAGAAACGUCAUGGGUGAGCGCCCUCUGCCCCCAACGUGGGACACACGGGCCACCAGCCGAGCUGGGACCUCAUCAGUGCACUUACUGUGAGGAAGCGGGGAUGCCAUCACUGUCCCCAGAGGGCAAGGCCUGCGCCAAACCCCUUCCUUUCAGCUCCCGCUCCUCAGCUGGUCCUCAAAACAUCCCCCCGGCCUCCCCUGACGAGCCCCGGGUUACCUUAGAAGCAGGAGGAGAGCCGGGGGAACUGGGGGUAGAGAGCAGCUACCCACCACGUUCCCGGUGUUAACAACCCGAAGGGGCCUCCUCUCCAAGAGGUAAUGCGACAUCAAAGAGGUGUCAGGAAUGGAAGGUACCAGGAAAUCUCACCUGAAGAUGCCCCAGACCAGACUCACUUGUUGACCUAAAGCUGCUUCUGCACACGGCACACCCACACGGGUCCACAGCACCCGGACCUGGGGCAGGGCCUAAUGCAGUUCACCUCCGGCCACUCCUCCGAGGCUGGGAAAGGGGGCUGUUUUAGCUAGGGCUCGGAAACCAGCACCGAGAGUCGAGGAAAAGGAAAAAACGGGAAUACGUUCCAAACAGAAAACACACUAAAAGCUCAGAAAAAUACCUUGAUGGGACAGAGAUUAGUGAUUUACCUGAUAAAGAGGCGUAAAUACGCUUACCAUGCAUGGAUGAAAUAAAAAUCCACAUUCUAAGGCCAGAGAAGAAAAAAUGUAAAAGCGAUUUCUCUGCCCGCUUGGGCCCCUCCCUCCCCUCGAGUGUGCACUGUGCGUGUGUACUGUGGUUAACCAACCCCCAUGGCCACCUCCGGGCACCGGCGUGUAGCUCCCUCGAAGGUCACGUUCCUUCCUCAGUCCUGUCCAGUGUCACACCGACCCCUCACCCACUGUUUACACGCAGACAUCUCUGGUGACCUUUGUGUGCAAUGCCCACAUACCAUCUCCCUUAAGGACAGCCGUGGGUACCGAGCCGCCCGGCCAGAAGCUGCAGGGAGCUUGCGGGCUGCACCUGAUGGAAGUUCGUAGCUUAACUACUUACUUACUACGGCCUUAGUGAUGUCGCUAGCUGUGUACUAGCAUUCUGCCUGUUUUACAGGUUAUUGUUUCUUGCAUUACCAAGUGUGUGACUGAGCCUCAGAUGAAUUAAUGAUGAUCAGCUGACUUGAAAUGACUGCCCAAAUAUGUAUUUCUGUAAAGCCAAUGAUUGUAAUGGUGAAACUCGGGUUUGGGAAAAAGCAACAAGACGAAACCGUUUCCUGGACCAUGACAGGCUGGUAGCAUGGGCGGCCCAGAGGCGUCUGGUCUCUGUUAACAGCGCCUAGUCCAGGAGCAGCGCAGUGAGUGCCCACCACUGAAAUCCUUGGCGGACCUGGGAGUGAGCAUUCCUAGCCCCGUGGGACCAACUGGUCACCCAGUGCCUCCCAAACCUCAGUGGAAAUGAAGACCCAAGGCGAAGGGACUGUACGUGUCGCCCACCUCCCAGUGCUACAAGGGUCAGGCCAUCAGCCGCUGCGGGCGCUGCCCCAGACGCACCGUGCAAGGCGUUCAGGGUGAAGAUCGGGGGGAGGCCUCUGUGCUCUGGGAAAACGGACAGAACAGGCCCUCGGAGAGGUAGGUAUUUUCAGAAAUUUUUUAUAAACCUGGAUCCUUGCCUCCUGCCAUACUUAGAAAAGCACGAAGACCAUGAAGUGAAGUGUCUGCUCCUCGUGGCUGGCAGCCUCUUUCUGCUUAGACGUGUGCUUGGUCGCACACACCGCUUUGCCAAACUCACGUAUGUACUGCUCACCCCCGACCACCUCUUCAGAGCAGCGCUCAGAGCUCCGAGGGGCUGUCUCUUGGGUGAUGAGCCUCAGUUGGUCUCAGGUCCGAUUUUCCGUUUCUUUCUUUCUUUGAUUGUUGGUCAAGGGCUCUUUUGUUGCCGACAUUUGCAAGGAGCACAGUGCGGGAACAAAGUGAGAAUUUCAACAAAGAGAAAGAAAACACAAGAAGGCGCCAAACAGAAAUCACAGAGCUGGAGAAUGAAUGAGAUGAAUGAAGACAAUCAAAACUGAACUGAAAAAUGCAGUAAAGGGCUCCGCAGCAGACGAGAUGAAGCGGUGAACUCAGAGACAGGAAGGCGGCGGAAUUCAUCCAGCCAGAGCAGGGAAGGAAUAGAGAACGGGACUGAGGAGGGCACCAGGGGCUCGUGGGAAACGUCCAGCAACCAAGAUCUGCCUUAGAGGGACCCAGCGGAGAAGAGAGAGAAAAAGGGGCGAAGACGUCCCUGACCUGGGGAAGAAAACGGAAGUCCAGAUCCGAAUGCCCAGAGAGGAACCCACACCAAGGAUGCGUCACAAUUAAACUCAAAAGGUAAAGAGGAACCACAGAGUCAAGGUUUAGCAGAGUGGGGAGGAGAGCAACUCAGUGGCUUCACAUUUGGGGAUUGAAACUAUUCGAAGUUUUUUUCUGGAAGUGUUUUUUUCUUUAAUUUCUUUUUUUUUUAAUUGAAGUCUAGUCAGUUUACAAUGUUGUGUCCAUUUCUGGUGCACAGCAUCAUGUUUCAGUCAUCCAUGGACAUACAUGUGUUCCUUUUCAUAUCCUUUUUAGCCACAGGUCACUUCAAGAUAUUGAAUAGAGUUCCCUGUGCUGUACAGUAGGACUUUUUGUUGUUUAUCUAUUUUAUGUAGUAGUUUGUAUCUGCAAAUCCCAAACUCCCAAUUUAUCCCUUCCCACCCCCUUUCCCCACUGGUAACCAUAAGUUUGUUUUCUAUGUCUUCAGUCUGUUUCUGUUUUGUAAAUAAGUUCAUUUGUGUCUGGUUUUUUUUAGAUUCCACAUAUAAGUGAUAUCACAUGGUAUUUUUUUUCUCUUUUUCUGGCUUACUUCACUUAGAAUGAUGAUCUCCAGGUCCAUCCAUGUUGCUACAAAUGGCAUUAUUUUAUUCUUUUUUGUGGAGAGUAGUAUUCUGUUGUGUAAAUACACCGUGGCUUCUUUAUCCAGCCAUCUGCCGGUGGACGUGGUGGCGGUUUAGAUUAUCCAUGUUACUCUUUCCUCGCUGAUGACCCUUCAGCUAUUUCCAGGGUGUCCCAAAUUGGAGGCAAAAUGCCCCCAUUUGUUUCUACUCUGUCCAGUUCUUGGACAGCUCUAUUACCUAUAUCAGGAUAACACUCCAUAAUCUACGAAGCCACAGCAUUUCAAAUACCACAGGCUGAAAGCCUUUGCAAUGAGGACGACCCACUGAGAAGCAGCGGCAGUCGGGGGGUGUGCAGAGGGGGAUAUCAGGGCUGCGGUCAAAGGGAAGCAGAAGAGGUUUCGGACUGAGCACAAACUGGUAUUCUGGAGCUUCACACACACAGCAUCAAUGCAAACAGUAUUUAUCAGCUGUUUCCCCCAGAUUAUGGCCCAGUUUUAAACUCCACCGUUUAAAAAGCUGCUACAUGUGUGGAUACAAAAUACACACACUUGAACCUACACUGAACUGGGAAGGCGGUGCCACUAAUUUUGCCGUGUGUUAUGUGACCUAAACAGAAAAACACAUCCUGCCCUGUUGGGGACACUGGGUUGCAACUCAGCUAUUGGAGACAAAUUAAAUAAUACAGUGUGUCCUUUGAGACCAAAAGGACUGGGAGACUGCUUGAGACCGGGCUGCGAUAUUCCUGCUCCCGUGCCGAGCUUGCGUCUCCUCUCACGGGCAAAGCUAAUGAGAAGCGAGUUUAGGGGAGGGCGUUUCGUGGCAAAGUUUGGCUCAGGCCCAAAGUGAAUUAAACUGGUCUUACUAAAACUUCUGAAGACUGCUAACAGUCAGUCAUUCUUUCAUUCUCAGAUUUUAAUUUUGCCAAAAGAGCUUUUUAAAAAGUCACUGGAAUCUGGUUUCAAGCAUUAAGAGAAAAAGACCAUCUUUUCUGAGACUUCAGGGAAAACUUAUAACGUUCGCCCCUGUUGGGGUGAUCUAAAUACAGAUGGUUAGUUAGCUAACUUCAUCCUGUGCUUUCUAGAGACAAUACUGUAUGUACAGAGUAGCAUUUUAUUACAAGUAAAAUCUCCUCAUGGGUAUUCCUAGCUGGAUGAGAAUGAAACAUCUAUUUUAUAUUUAAGGGUGGUCUGGAGAACACCCUUGUGAGAUCUGAUGCCUCCCAGCCUGGAGCUGAGACUGAAAGAACAGGGCCUUCCACACCUUUCUAGCCUGUGCAUCUGUUCCCAAGUCCAAACUCGUUCUGCUCGCCACACGGCAGGCCAAUAAUCGGGAGACGAGGUGUUGGGACAAGGAAUAGCGACUAUUCGGAAAGCCGGCAGACUGAGAGGAUGGCAGACUAAGGUCCUGGAGAACCAUCUUCCCCAAGUCAGAAUUCAGGCUCCUUUUACACUAAAAAGGGGAGGGGGUGUGGUUGGUUGUUGCAAGUCUCUUGGUGUAGGAAUUCUUUGUUCUUGGAAUCCUUUGUUCUUGCAGCUGUCCACGUGGGUCAGGUCACGGUGUCCCUGUAAACCUCCAGCAAAACAGACGGUAUUUUCUCCUCUGCAACUUAUCUUUGUAUGAAUGGAAAAGUGUGAAUAUCCUUAAAGGUCAGAGCCUUGAGAAUGGGCUCUCCUGUGUAUUUCAGGCUCCAGGCAACAUUCUUUUACAAAAGGUGCAGAACCAGCAGGACUGAGCCCAGGAAGCAGAGCACAGGGUCAAAGCCAAAGGGACAGAUUUAAUAGGGAGUCAGAUUAGUUCUUUUCUAUCACAGAUCUUUAUACACAAACAUCGUUCUCUGGUCCUGGGUGCAGGCGUCAUUCACAGAGCCCGCUGCAGUUCUGCCUCAGAGGUACAUGUGUACACUGGUGCCCCCGAGUGGGCCGUCCUCGUGCCCAUUGCUCUCUGUAAACUGGCAGUCUCUUUUCUACCGCAUUUCUGAAUGUUAAAUUUCUUUCAGCUAUUACAAUUGACUAUUUUGAAUACGCUCAAUGUUGGGAAAUCUUUCUCCCAUGAACGUAUAUGCGUUUUGAAAACAAAGUCAUUCAGAGCUGAAUCUGAUAAAUAAAAUAUGUGAUAAUUGUUUUAGUCAAAAACAAAGUACAAUUACAAGGUGGUAAAAAAAAAAAAAAGUGUGAUUCUGCAGGUAGUUCCAAAAGAGGAAAUUCUGAAUGUUUUGAGCAACUUAUUACAGUAUCAUUGGAAUAGGGUCAAUUAGGUAUAUGCUGGGAAAGAAAGAUGAAUGGAUGAGUGGAUGGAUGGAUGGAUGAGUGGAUGGAAGGAUGGAUUGGUGGAUGGAAGGAUGGAUGGAUGGGUAGGUGGACAGAUGGACGGACACUGUAUGUCUCAUUUGUUUGUUUCUUUGUUUUUAAGAAAACUUCCUAACUCAAAACAAACUACUGAGUCCUACGUUACUUUCCUUGUCUUUGGAUAACAUCUUUCACAGGGCCUGAAGCCCACACUUGGGUUAUCUUCACUUACAUUUCCUCAAGCUUCUUCUUUGCUAAGAAACUCCCUACCUUGGUGUGAACUUACUUGACUUCCCCUGAGGAGUCUCUUUCUUUCUUGUCCUCUGUUUCAGUAGAUCACAGUUCCUCCAUGUUUAUCCCAGGAUAAUUAUUAUACAAAUAUAAAAAUAGGAUAAGAAUGACAGGGCUGUGUACACAUGUCCAUCCAGGGAUCACAACAGUUCCUUGCAGAUCCACCCAAAAUGGCUCAGUUAGACCCCCGUUUAAGGCCCCAAACAUAGUUAUCACUCAAGAGAUGAAUUGUGCCGUAAGUAAUGAGUCUCUCUCAAUCUGAAAACCCUUGUAUUUUCUCUGUGCAAUAAAUCAUUCCAUAUCAGACAGUA